CAGAUUCCCCCCAGAGAAACACCAGCCAUGUAGUAAAUACAUGUAAUCAUGGCACUCUGAUAGCAGCUUUUUCUCUCUGGCCAUUAAUUCUCCUCCCUGGGACCUGCAGCAAAUCCUAUGAGCUGCCUUUAUUUGAUAAUCAACAUGGCAUAAAAAGCUUUCUCCUUUCCCUCCUCAAAAUGUAAAUAUUUUUAACUUCAAAAAUACCCUGGCCCAUGGACAGAUGUCACUGGUUAUGUCCUUAUCUCAAGCCAAUGAGGAGGUUCCUGUUUUCCAUGGAAAAUUCAUGGAGCAGGAGGGCUCACUGCUGCAUGGGAGGCAGCAGCACCCACCUCAGGCACAGCCUGUGCCUUCCUCAUGGCACACACCACAAACCACCAACAGAAACCUUCCCUUUCCCCUCUCCAGGAAAAAAUAGAGGAUAUAUCAGGAGAAAGCAAAAUGCAGCAGAGCCUUUCAAACCAAACCAACUUCUCCCUGAAAACUGGCAUUUCUAGAAAAGCAGGAGCUCCCUGUAGAUGCUUUCAGUGUGCUGGAAACUCCUUGUGGCACGAUGAGAGUGAGGCUGGCACAGGAGGGAAUCUGGAAGUUCUCAGCCCCUGGGCAGCCAGGCCAGGAGCAGCCACCCCAUCACUGAGAGAGAAAAGGAGGCUCCAGUGGUUUGUGCAGCCCGGCAGGAAGGGCAGUGCCAGCAGCCCCCAAGGCAGCAACCUCCACAUGCUCAGCUGUAGAGGCUCCAGCUCAGAGCUGCCAGGGAAGAAACGUCUGAGCUCCACAUCAGCUCCACCAGAGUGUCCACACCAAGGUCAGCUCAGGUCCCAGCCUGGCCUGGGCUGCACCACUGGAACUGGCCAUCAUCCCCAGAUGCCAGCCAUCACAUCACCUCUUUGGAGCUGGAGAGGAACCGGGACAAAAGCACACCUGGAGGAGCAACAAGGCCAGGACAUACAGGGAAAUCACUCUGGAUGGCAGGCAGGAGCAGAGUGAAGAGGGUUUGGGCAGAUUUUGGUGGAGGACCUGGGUGACACCAGUUUUAGGAUUCAGCUUUGCCAAUGAAUAGUUCAGGAGAGCAGACUGCCCCACCUGGGACAUGAGGGAGAAGGGACAGCAGGAACAAGGCUGCACCCCAGGUGGGCAGCUGGGGAGGAAAGGGUGCUCCAGACCAGGCAGGAGCUGUGGGGCUCAGUGACAGGUGACAGAAGGGUGCUAAAGGCCAACAGGCAGAUGGUGAAACUGUGAUUAGAAAGUCACUCCAGCCAUAAAUCUCAGGGACCUGAAAUGGAGAUGGGCAAGCCCCAGAUGGCUUGGAAAUCUGCUUGGCACAGUCCAGCAUGGCUCAGCAUGCAUCUGGCUCUCCUUUCUCCUCCUUCUCCUCCUCCUCACCAGGUUUAACCACCUCCAGCCAGCUCCUCACAGCCAGAGCUGAACCCUGAAACAAAAAUUCCUCUAAUGCAUGGACUAAAGAGCAAAACCUGGGCCCCAACAACAUUGUCAUCCAUCCUGGCAGGGGUCUCUGGCAUUGCUGGGGGUUACAUGCACAUGCCAUCCCUGGUGCUCCUGUCUUGGCAAGAAUGCUGUGGCACCACCCAGGGGGCACAGGGGGCUCAGGGCUGUACCAUGGUGCACCAGCAGAGCUGGGUGGAUGCAGGUUCCCUGCGGCUACACACGCUAUUUCUGGAUAUGCUGAAGAGCUGCUUAGGGCUGGAUUUGCAGGCGAGAACGGGGGCGUAUCAGCUGUCCAUGCUCUGGAAGGGGCUCAGGAACAGAAAAGGGGCAGGAGAUUGGGAGGGGACGGGUUUUAUAUAGAGAUCCACGGGAAAACCCGUGUCUCCAAACACAGUAACCUAACACCAGGUAGUAGCACCAGUUCCUGCCCGUGGAUCCAGGACAACAAAUUUCCCCACCCGCAGGCAGGGGAGCCUGCUGUUCUCACACUCCUGCCUGAAAAGCACCAGCAGAACCCACAAAAAGGCACCCUGCCCAUGCCAAGCUCCCGAACCCCCUCUCUGCCAGCGGGUGCCUCCCACAACCUUUCCCAAGGCUGCCGGAGAGCCCUUCAGCCCACAGGUGCUGUCGCUCCCUCGGGACCCCCGGCCAAGGCGGGGGCUGGCAGCACGGCCGGGACAGGGGCCAGUGGUAAAAUUAGAACGCGUGUCCCUGCCAGCCCCUUCUGCGAGCUGCAGGGACCAGCUGAGCCCGUCUAACCCGCACUGUAACCCUUCAUGUCCCCCGUUUGGUGGGCUGGGACAGUUACUAGAAAGCCAGGGAUUUGCAGGGCUUUCCUUUUUGAUCAGCCGUGUCCAGCUACCCCAGACAGCCGGGCUCACGGGCUGAUGGGGCAGAGAGGUGGGGUUUUUUGGAUCCUUUGGGACAGUCGUGAUUGAAGCCUGCAAUUCUCCUGUCUGCUAUCCCUCUCCACGACAAACAGUCCUGCAGAAACCGGUCCUCCCCGCUUCAAAGGUUCGUGCUCCCUUUCCAGCCUCUUCUCCCCACCGCUGCCCUCCUCCUGCAGCAGUUAUUAUUAUUUAUGCUCCUAAGCAUCCUUUGAGUUCUGCCGGGGGACAGGAUCCAAAGAGAAAGCCUUUUAAGGAUUUGUGCCAGCGCCGAGAAGCGAAUCCCCCCCAGCGAACAGUGGUGCUGGGGGAUUUGAGUGUAGACAAGUGCUUAAAGCUGAAAAGGGCAGAGAGAGGGGAGGGAGCCGGGGGCACGCUCUGAAACCAGACCCCCCCGCCCGAAACGCAGCUCCUUCCUCUGCUUUAGGAAACGGAUCCCUCCUGCGAUUUCCUUUCAAAGGUGACUUGUAACCUCUUCAUUAGGGUCGGCUUUGGCAGAGCCCCGAUGGUGCAGCUGGCAGGGCCGGGGCUGCGCUGGGCGGGAGCGCGCUCGCCUUGCCAAGGCUGGGCAGCACUCGCGGCUGCUGGGCGCAGCGGCGGCAGCACCGGCGCCCCGGCCAUGCGCUGAUGGGUACCAUGGACUUUAAGACAGAUGCCAGUGCAGUCACCAUCAAUCUGCUGCUUAUCGUGCGCCCCGAGGAGGCAGCGAGCAAGGAGAAGGGGCAGCGAGAGGGGCAGACGGAAGGCGGCCGAGGCGCAGGUUUGGAAGGUGAUGGCAAUGGAAACAGCAGAUCACAGGCACCUCAGGGCACAGAGCUGAAUGGCCAGUGCAGCCCCACAGAUCCCCGUGAGCAGAUACCAUCCAUCACUUCGGGCCCUGACAAAGGAACCCAAGUGACAGUGGAGAUUCACCACGAGGAUACCAGCCCCCAACUCAUCAAGAGACUGUCCUUGGGAAAAGGUUCCCAGAGGCUGAGAGGACACGACAACAAAGGUUUCCAGAAGACUGAGGCCCCGCGGCCCCCGGGAGCAAAGGACCUCCACGUAUAUCCAUGGGACAAAUCCUCUUUGAAAUCCAUGCCAGUAGAUUUGGAGCAAUUUAAGAAGCUGGAUGACUACGCAUUAAAAGUGAAUGUCAAGAACAGCGUGGAGGAGCUGGUCAAAGCCCUGCUGAAACAAGCCCGGACUGACCUGGAAAAGGUCCGAGCCAUAUGGAUGUGGAUAUGCCAUCACAUAGAAUACGACGUCGUGGGCUACCACAACAAAAGCCAGCUGUCGAGCAAGCCCAGAGAUGUGCUUCAGAUGGGCAAGAGCAUUUGUGAGGGCUAUGCCGAGCUCUUUGAACAUAUGUGCAGUCUUGCAGGGAUUCAGUGCAAGAAGCUCUCAGGACAUGCCAAGGGACACGGGUACAAGACAGGGCAGACCUUCACAGGGGACUCUGACCAUGCCUGGAAUGCUGUCUACCUUGAGGGAAGGUGGCACUUACUGGACAGCACCUGGGGGAGUGGUUCUGUGGAUGAUUCCUUCACCAAGUUCACCUACAGGUACAAUGAGUUUUACUUUCUGACUCACCCGGCCCUGUUCAUUAACAAUCACUUCCCAGAUAACAGUAACUGGCAGCUUCUUAAGCCCACGCUGACGCUGAAGGAGUUUGAGAACAACAUGCUGCACAACAGCAACUUCUACAUGCUGGGGCUGCUGGCCACACACCCAGAGACUCCCAUCAUCCAAACAGUAAAUGGAAAAGCCUCUGUAUCCGUGGACUGCCGUUCCAGCAUGUUAUUCAUGUUUAAGCUGAAGGGAGCAGAAGAACAGGGUUUGAUGACUUUGGAAAAACACGGAAUGAAGCUGGAUAUCUACCCACAAAAGACAGGGAGCCACAAGCUGGAGAUCUUUGCCAAGCCCUCCAAGGCUGAGGCUUCGGACGACGUCUACAAGUGCGUGGUGGAGUACGUGGUGGAGUGCGAGUCGGUGGACAAGGCCAUGCGCUUCCCCAAGGAGCUGCACCAGCCCGUGGGGCCCAGCUGGUUCUCAGAGCGCCAGGGCUUCCUGCGGCCCUCGCAGCGCCAGCCCGUGCUGCACACCAACGACGGCCGCUGCUCCUUCACCUUCACCCUGGGCAAGGACAUCAGCGUGCUGACCUCGCUGCACGGGGACAGCAGCAGCCUGGCCGAGGACAUGGGCCGGCGGCACGUGCUGCAGAUCCAGCGCAGGAACCAGAUCGAGCUGAAGGUGCAUCUCCCGCACGCGGGGAGCUUCGUCCUCAAAAUCUACUCCAGGAAGAAGUCGGACCCUGGUAAUUACGACUACAUCUUCAACUACCUCAUCAGGUGCCUGAACACGGAGGUGAAGUGGCCGGCCUUCCCCAAGAGCUACAGCAAGUGGCUGCAAGACUACGAGAUCCUGGAGCCGCUCUCGGGGCUGCUGCCGGCCAACCGCAACGUCCAGUUCAGACUCAAAAUGCACGGCAUUGCCAAGGUGCUGGUCCAGGCUGAGAACACCUACCCCCUCACCCAGAACAAGGGUGUCUGGGAGGGAACCUGCAGCACCUCGGGCUGCAGAGAGCUGUUUGUGAUGGUGCACGAGAACGCCAACCACAGCUUCUACUCACAGGUCCUCAAAUACGAAGUUGAGACCCAAUAACACCCACUCCUUGUUCUUUCACUCACCUGCAUGAAACCAACCUCCCCAACGUGCCCCAAACCAGCACAGCUUUAGGAGAUCGCUCAUUCUCUCAACCAAAUCUGUUCUUUCAACAAAUGCAGGACAACACUUGCAGGCUUUUGCCAGACUAUGGGCUCAAAAAUGGUCAAGGAAGCAGAAAAUCCUGUUAAAAAAAGGAGCAGCAGUGGAAGACAAGAGAUAAAACCCUCGCCUCCAUUUAAGUAACACUGUCCAGACAAAUAUUUGGAAGAAAACAACUGACUGUCUGCAGGGCAUUCUGUGCCAGCAUGGAUUGCUGGUUUCCAAGUCACGGACCAUAAGAAAAGUCUUACGAGGGCUGCUCCAAGAAUUCACCUAGUUAUGGGGCAGGAUGAAGAAAGUGCACCCUGGUUUUGAGCAACACUGGACAUGAGGAACUUCAGGAUAUUUAAAUCAAACUGUAAUAUACAUCUGAGGAGAGAGAAAAGUUAGGAAGAAGAUGCAACAUGAAGUUUCCUUGUGCACUUCACUGUCUUACAGAUAUCAAUACCAGAAAAAUACUUUUUACACUGACUCUUAAAUACAAUAAACACAAUCAUUUUUACCUUUUUAUAUUAGAGUACUGUAGACACUUUUUCUGCUGUAAUUAUGUCUGAAGCAUAUGAAGUCUUUCCAUAACCAAAAUGACAGUAAAAAUGAGAAUAAAGUUCUCAGAAAUGACUCCUUCCUCCAACCUGCCUAUGCAAUACCGCAGCUCUGACCUGACGAGGUUACGUGGGACAGCAGGCUGAGUGACAUUAUUAUCAUGUAACAAACCAUUUGGUGCUGUACUCUUGGAAAAUGCCUCCAUGCACAAGGCAAAGGGGGCCUUCUACUGAAUCCCACCACAACUGCACAUCCUGAGAUGGAGCAACAUUUUCAUAACUGAUUCAGAUGCCUGUGAGCAUUAGCAUGACCCAAGAGGUAUUAUGUUUGAGCUUGAAAUGAAAAUAAACCUGUUAUGUUUUUGCACUCUG